AUGGCGCAAGUCCAAGCGCAGGCGGCGCCGACGCGCACGCACCUGACGCUGAAAGGGUCGACGGCACUGGUGCACGAGUUUUUUAACUAUUCUGUGCAGAGCAUUUUGUACCAGCGCUCCAUUUAUCCCUCCGAGGACUUUCGGACGGUGAAAAAGUUUGGGCUCCAGAUGCUGUCGACGACCGAUGACGACCUGGCGGACUAUUUGGACCGUGCGAUGGGCCAGCUCAAGACGUGGCUCGAGCAAGGCAAGGUUCGGCGCCUGGUAGUGGCCAUUGUCGAGAAAGAGACCCAAGAGACGGUCGAGCGCUGGCAGUUUGACAUUGAAGUGGUGAAUGAGGGCCUGGAUGCGUCGCAAGCGGACGCGCCUGUGGCUGCCGGCGCACCCAAGUCCGUCCAAAAGACCGACGCGCAGGUCAAAGCCGAGAUUGCGGCGAUCAUCAAGCAGAUCACCGCCUCGUGCACCUUUUUGCCGAUGCUCGAGGAGCCAUGCGCCUUCCAGAUCCUCGCCUAUACCGAUUCCGACGUCGAGGUCCCGGUCGAGUGGGCCGAGUCGAACGCGCGGCUCAUUGCCGAAGGACAGGCUGAGCAGGUGAAGCUGCGCAGCUUCUCGACGCACGUCCACCGCGUCGACGCGAUGGUCGCCUACCGUCGCGAGGAAGACGAUGUAUAG